GUGCAGCCUCCUAUGCCUUGCAGAGCCCAGCAGCCAGGAGAAAGCUGGCUUUGGACUCUGUCUUUGAAGAGUUCUCUGGAAGUUGGAGGGGCGGGGCGAGCAGCGCUCUCCUGUCCUACCGGAGUCCUGCGCGGGAGUGUGAGGAAGAACUCAGCCUGUAGUCGCAGUCCAGGUGCUGUCCAGCUACUGUCCCGCUCCUGAUCAGGGGUGCACACAGGGUGCUUGCCCAAAGGGUCGGCAGGGCGCACGCGCCGGCUUGGCAGAACGCACCGGCAGGAUGGUGGGGCUGGUUUUGCUCAAGGCGCUGGUCACCAGGCUGCUGUUCGUGCUGCACUCUCUGGUCGCCGUGUGGCGAGUGACCUGGGUGAAGAAAGAGCACCGUUACUGGCUGCUGGCCCUGCUCAACCUCUUGCUGGUCCUGGAGACAGUGCUCACCCUCAAGUUCAAGCGCGGCAGAGGCUACAAAUGGCUCUCUCCGGCCAUCUUUUUAUACCUGAUCAACAUCAUGCCGUCCUUGUGGCUCCUUGAAUUGCACCAUGGAAACCAGAAUUGCAGCAUCCUGGCACAGAACAUCAGCACCGGACGAAAUGUCAAUCAAACCUCGACAUCCCAGAGACCUACCAACGGAGUGGGAACGAUCAUAUAUAUGACCUCGGAGUUCCUAGAUUUCUUAUCCUUGGUAUGUGAUCCAGUCUGGACCCUAGCACUCCAUCAAACGCUGCUGUUAAUAUUGAUCCUUGGUCGGUGGCUUCUGCCCAUUGGAGGCACUAUUACUAGAGACCAACUCUCAGAACUUCUUCUGAUGUUUGUGGGGACAGCGGCAGACAUACUGGAAUUCACCACUGAGACGCUGAAGGAAGAUAACGUCAGGACUAACCUGAUACUGGUCUGUGGCAUCCUUGCCGUGUGGACGUGGAGUAUGCUACAGUUUCCGCUGGACCUGGCAGUCCAGCUGAAACUGGUAUGCCCCUCUUCUGUGAAAGCCAGGGGCUUCCUCAGGCUCUUCCUGUGCCAGUACAGUGCAGAUCUAUGGGCCAUCGGGCUCAGCUUCUUCAUCCAAGAUGGUCCCUUCCUUGUGGUGCGCCUCGUCCUGAUGAUCUACUUCCGAGUGAUCAACCACAUGCUGGUGUUCUUCGCCGUGAAAAAUUCCCUGGUGAUGGCGCUGCACUUCUAUCGGCUGGUGGCUUUGAUCAUGGCCACCCGGGCUUCCAUGCAAGAUGGUCCAGAAAGGCUCCAGGCACGGCCCAGUGUCCUAGACCAGCCCUCUGAGAGCAGUCCCAGUGAGUGGGAGGACAUCUCCAGGGAGGCCGUGCCUUUGCAAACCUCACCUGUCACCUCUGAGGAGUCCUACCCCAUACCUUAGGUGCUUGUUCCCCUUAUACAGCCAGGAACUUAACUCAUUUUCUCUUGAGAGCCUGGUUCUCUUUCUACUCCACCCCCACCCAAUUUUCACUACAACAGCUUUUAAGGAAACAACAUGAACAAAUGAUCUUGUAUUACAGGCAACUUAUUCUUUAAUUUUCAUCUGAAUGGAAGAAACUUUGACGCAUGCCUACUGUUACAACCUCCUACCAUGGUAGCAGACAUUACCCAACUCUGAGAACCACUCGUAAGUGGUUGGUUCUCAUGGAACUGUUGGAAGGUUGUAGACAGGGCUGUCAUGGCACACCUUCCAAAGAUUUAGGGCUGACAAGUACCAUCCCCACCAUCAACCCUCUAGGGUGAUGUGGUUAUACAGAGCCUUUAACUGUGGUGGGACCGUCACAGUCUCUCAUCUGGUGUUCUCAUCUGGUGUCUCUCUGAUGUGUAUAUAUACACAUUGAACAUAUAUUGAACAAAUUGGGGAACAUGCUUUUAAAAUGAGCUUGCAGUGAGGUGGAAGCUUGGAAUUUGAGCUGUCCAGUGUUCGGUGAAAAAUGAAAUAGCCACGGUAGCUUCACAGUCCCACCAAGGAAUAUCCUUCUUCUGGACCAAUGCGGUAUUCUGCCAUGGUACAUAUGUUCUUAGAGAAUAGUGACAACUUCGGGCUUGGGUGUGCAUAAAGUUGACAGCAGGCCAUUUAGGUUCGAAUAGCAAGGUAGUUCGCUUUUUCUGCAUUGUCAAAGUGAAUCCCAUGACCAGGUUCCAGGGAGCUCUGGCAUGCUGUGAUGGAGGCGUUUGUGGCCUUUAGUGUUGCUAUGGUUUCCGGCGGCUGCCACUGCAGGAGCAGCACCAGUAGAAGACUGAGCCUCAGCUCCCGAGAAAUAUGGUCCCUGGUUUGAAGAACAAGGUGAUGGACAGUGGUGCCAGCCACAUGCACGGGGCCUCCAUUGAUGCUGAACAUCACCACAAGGCACCCCAACACAUCUUGGGGAUCAUGGUGGCUUUGUUUCCCGUGCCUAAAAUAGUCUUGCUCUUCCUUUAAACGUGUCUGGACAUUCUGGGUUGAAAUGAUUCCAAACCUUUGAAAGCAGCUCUUGUUCUUACGUAUGUGGUGAGAACUGGGUGUGGCAAUCUAGCAGACAACUCUAAAACUGUACUGGAGUUCAAAGCAUCAAUCAAUCCACACUAGCGUUCCCAGGAACUCUGAGUCACUUAUUCAGGGGACUUCCUAAACUGGACGUGACCAUUAGAUGAUCAGUUGGGACAUUUGUUUCUAAAGUAUGAAUUUCUGGUACGGUACAGUAUUUAUCUACCACGUUUGAUAACAUGUUUUAUAAACAAAUUCUAUUUUGUACACAAUCACAACUGUUUUCUAGUAAUUUCUACUUCUUUGAUUUCCUGUGCUUCCCACUUUAGCAGUGUCACCGUGUAAACUGUGCGGGAAACAAGUGGAAUGCACUCGUAACUUUUGAUAAUAAUUGUAUGCAAGUUAAGAUUGUGUUUAUAUCAAGUAGAGAAUGCGACGGCUUUGAAGGUAUAUUAUUUAAUUAACAUUCUUAGCAAUGAGACUUGAGGAGAUGUCUCAAGGUUAAGAGCAGGUACUGCUCUUGCAGAGGACUGGGGUUCAUCCUAACACCCACACCUCAGGGCUUGUAAUGUUCUCUUCUGGUAUCUGAGGGCACUGACUAUGCUCAUGCACACACACACACACACACACAAUAAAUAAAAAUAUUUUUAAAAUAAAACACUCAGCAAUAAGAUGCAGAAAGGGAAAAGGUAAUAAUACCUGAAAUUUGUCAAACCACCUCAGCCUUCUCUUGCUGUGCUGCCUGCUUUGCCUUGAAUCCCUUCGCCCAUGACAUGUAUGGGCCUCUCCUUACUGCUUAUCUGCCCACAGUGUAUUUUUAUGGGAUUUAUCUUUUUUCCCCAGAAAAACAAACACUGAGCUUCUAAAAAUAGAGCAUAAAGUAGUAUGACUAUUGCAAGGAUAUUUUUAAGUGCUUUCAAAUCUGAGGCUUGGCUUGGUUCCAUGAAAGACUUUCUAGCGUUUAAAUAAAAGUAUUUUGUAAUUAGCCCUCCCUCCUCAGGCCUGUCCAAAAUCUGGCUUAACUUAGAAUGCCAGGAAGUCAGAGAGCACCCAGGACCGGCUUGGUAAUUAAUGGAUGGUCAAAAAUAGACACGCAGUCUUCAAGGCUUUUCCAGGAAAAUCUGCUAAAGGCAGCAUUUAACCUAACUGCCAGUGGUUUCCAGUUCCUUACGCUGGCUGCUUUGAUCAUAGCGAAAAUGUCUGUUGCUUAGUCUACGUUUUAUCUCUGAUAAAAGCUAAGAAAUGUAUUCAGUUAGUUGUGUGUUUGUAAUUAUUACUAUUAUUUUACCCUUUAAAAUUGUACGUUUUUAUCGUAGGUUGAUGCACAUUGUAAAUUUUUUUUUUAGAUCUCCAAGUGCUAGUCAUCCACUGAGCACACCAGUCGUCUCCCACAAGUCGGCAUCCUGAGACGUGUUUACCUUUUCUCUGUAGAGAGAAAGCUUACAUCGUGUAGGAAGCAGAGUCCACCCUCUGCCCCCAGCCACAGUGCACACUAAGCCCCAAUCCCUGAGGAGGAGGGGGCUUCGCUUGCAGUUGCUGGAGCCGUUGCUGACUGGUUAAAGCUCAGACAAAUCUCCUUCCUACAGACGUGUUCCUCCACUUGUGGGAAAGCCCAGUGUCUGUGUUUACAUGACGCUCUGUGUGAACACACCUCAGGGUCCUCUUAGGCCUUCUCCAGAGUGACUGAGUCUUAAAUGCCACAAUACUGUCUAAUGCUUAAGACAAGCAUACAGCUCUGUGUUUGGUUAUUCUGCCAAGUUCUGUUGCAGCUAUAAAUGACGGUGUUGGAAAUGCCGAGCCUGGAACUGAUGAAUAACAUGGGACGCAUUCAGGGAGAAGUCUAAGGGAAUUCUGCCCCUGGCUCUGUUGUCCUACCACAAAGCGCUUCAGCGGCCAUGAAGAUGUGUCCAGACAGCGAUGGGAUCACUACUAUCAGCUCACUUCCUUAUUCGACAGGAGCCAUUUGGAGCCCUGGGAAGGCAUGCCUCACAGGUGUGAACCCUUUAGAAUCGCCACGAUUCGGAAUCCAGCGCGGACUCUACUACAUCUUGGGUACUUAGCAUCAAGAACUCUUAAUCAGAUUCUCCUGGAGAAAGAGAGAACCUAUAGAGACGAGGCCUGCCGACCUCCAGUCCACUCUGAGAUUCCUUAAAAUAGACGUUACAGCCUCGGAGAUCAAACAGCCUUGAAUUGUGAGAUAAAAAGACACCGUUAGUCCUUUUGCUGUCUUCUAAUUCUAGGUUUCGCUUUUCACUUGUGGGAACUUUUGAUCUGUUCUCAGACAUACCUGAUGAGGGUUAGACCAGGCAGCUGGGGCUCCACAUAACUUUCAGCAUGGCAGAACAGCUGGAUAGUGGCAGAGGAAUGAGUCGCCAUGGCCUUCUACUUUAUCAGUUUUUAUCUUUGAGGUCUUUUUUUUUUAAUGAAAGGCGUGUGAGUGUAUUUUCUGUGAGUAUUUCUAUAUUUUGUUAGACAUGUCCUUCUUGUUUUAUUAUAGACAUUAAAUGCUUGUGUACAUCUUC